AUGACUGUCAUAGAGGAAAAUCGCCCUUUUGCCCAGCAACUAUCUAACGUCUACUUUACUAUACUUUCACUUUUUUGUUUUAAACUUUUUGUGAAAAUCAGCCUUGCCAUCCUCAGUCACUUCUACAUUGUAAAAGGGAACCGUAAGGAAGCAGCAAGGAUAGCUGAUGAAUUUUAUGGAAUUCCUCAAGGGCAAGGUAUUUCAGAUUGCUGUUCUUGGGCAGAUCGUUCACCACUGCAUGAGGCAGCCAGUCAAGGACGUCUCCUUUCUCUAAAAACUUUACUGUCACAGGGUUACAAUGUGGAUACUCUGACAAUUGACCAAGUCACUCCAUUACAUGAAGCCUGCCUGGGAGAUCAUGUAGGGUGUGCAAGAAUCCUUCUUGAAGCAGGGGCAAAUGUAAAUGCUACAACAAUUGAUGGAGUGACCCCAUUAUUUAAUGCAUGUUCAAGAGGCAGUGCAUCUUGUGCAGAGCUUUUGUUGGAGUAUGGUGCCAAAGCUCAGUGGGAGUCGUGUCUCCCUUCACCGACUCACGAAGCAGCCAGUAGAGGCCACAGUGAAUGUCUGGAAGUGCUGAUCUCCUGGGGCAUAGACGUUGACCAAGACAUUCCUCAUCUGGGAACACCUCUAUAUGUAGCUUGUGUUUCACAGCAGAUCCAUUGCAUUCGAAAACUUCUUUAUGCAGGAGCUAAUGUACAGAAAGGAAAGUAUUUGGACACGCCACUACAUGCAGCGGCUCAGCAACCCAGUACAGAGAUAGUAAAUUUACUUCUUGAAUUUGGGGCAGACAUUAAUGCCAAGAAUACAGAUUUUGAACGGCCCGUAGAUUUAGCUGCCCCAAGCAGUUUGGUGGAGAGAAUGUUGCUUCUGCAUGAAGCUACUCCAUGCUCUCUUUGCCAACUCUGCCGACUAUGUAUCCGAAAUUGCAUAGGAAGAGCAAGACUGCAUCUUAUCCCCCAACUUCAGUUGCCAACAAUAUUGAAGGAUUUUUUACAGUAUAGAUAA